CCUCCCUUUCUUCCCAACAUACCCCUCCUUCGCCAUUUCUCUCAGGAAAGCUACGAAGCCGAGAGCGGAAAAUGGAGUCUACGGAAUCCGGUGCACCCGAAGAGCACGAGACGACGUCGCCCGUUCGUUCCGUGUGCGUGAACGGGCUUUCAAUGGAGACGGCGGACGUCGAAGCUAAGCUCGACGCAGGGACUCUUGAGGAAGCUGAGAAUUCAGUGCGUGAGGGGUUGUCCCUCAGUCACGAGGAAGCAAGAGCCCUUCUUGGGAGGCUAGAGUAUGAGAGAGAGAACUUCGAAGGUGUUCUUCGAGCAUUGGAAGGAGUAGACCUUCAAUCUGGGAUAGAGAAUCUUCAGCCGUCGAUCGAGAAGCCACCGUCCCGAAAGAGCAAGUCCCGUGGCCCCAGUGAUCAACAGGCACAACAACCAAUUUCACAUCACCCCGCGAACCUGUUGCUUGAAGGCAUUCACUUGAAAUCCAUGUCACUGCAAAAGCUCGGGAGAAUCACUGAGGCUGCUGAUGAAUGUAAAACCAUCCUCGAUGCAGUGGAUAAGAUAUUCCCGAAUGGCGUCCCGGAGGUGAUGGUUGAUGCCAAGCUGCAGGAGACGAUUAUCCAGGCGGUCGAGCUCCUCCCCGAGCUUUGGAAGCAAGCGGAUUGCUACAGCGAAACUAUGGCAGCUUACAGAAGUGCACUCCUUGGCCAGUGGAAUCUCGACAUUGAAUCCUGCGCGAGAAUUCAGAAGCGAUUCGCUGUGUUCCUGUUGUAUGGAGGCAUUGAAGCCGGCCCACCCAGUUUAGCCGUUCAGAUCGAGGGCUCAUACGUCCCGAAAAACAACUUGGAAGAGGCAAUGCUGCUCUUGAUGAUUGUGUUGAGGAAGUUCUACCUUAGAAAGAUUGAUUGGGACCCAUCGGUAAUGCAGCAUUUUACAUUUGCGCUAUCUCUAUGCGGGCAGACUUCAGUGCUGGCGAGGCAAUUCGAAGAGGUCCCACCUGGGAAUUACCCACGUUGCGAUCGAUGGUAUCUGUUGGCUCUGUGCUACAGUGGGGCAGGACAGAACAAUGUAGCAUUGAAUUUACUGAGGAAGUCCUUAAACAGGCAUGAAAGGCCAGAUGAUCCUCUGGCAUUGUUAUUAGCAGCGAAGAUCUGUAGCGAAGAAUGCGUUCUUGCUUCUGAGGGUGUGGGCUAUGCACGGCGGGCUGUAGCGAACUGUCGAGGUGUAGAUGAACAUCUAAAGGGUGUAGGCCUCCGUUUGCUAGGCGUCUGUUUGGGGAAGCAAGCGAAAGUCGCCUCGUCUGACCUUGAAAGAACUGUUCUGCAAUCUGAAGCCUUGAAGUCUUUAGAGGAGGCAGUUUCUCGUGAACGCCAAAAUCCAGAUUUGAUGUUUGAACUGGGAGUCGAGCAUGCGGAACACCACAAUUCAAAUGCUGCAUUGCGGUUUGCGAAAAAGUUCAUCAAUGCCACGGGCGGGUCAGUUCUCAAAGGGUGGAGAUUGCUUGCAUUGGUCUUGUCGGCGCAGCAGCGGUAUUCAGAGGCAGAAGUGGUUGUGGAUGCUGCUUUGGAUGAGACUGCGAAGUGGGAGCGAGGGCCGUUGAUUCGAUUGAAAGCGAAAUUGAAAAUUGCUCAAUCUUUGCAUAUGGAUGCAGUCGAGACAUACCGAUUCUUGCUUGCACUUGUUCAAGCCCAACGGAAAUCUUUCGGAUCCUUUAGAAGUAAUUCUCAGGCGGAGGAGGACGAUGAAUGGGAAUUCGAAGUUUGGCAUGGCCUUGCGAGUUUGUACUCUAGUCUUAAACAUUGGCAGGAUGCUGAAAUUUGCUUGGAGAAGGCUAAAGCACUGAAGCAAUAUUCAGCUGAUAUGUUGUACACAGAAGGUGUAAUGUACGAAGCGCGUGGGCAGAUCCAAGAAGGUUUGGCUGCUUACAGCGAGGCUCUUUCGCUGGAAUUGGAUCAUGUUCCUUGCAUGGUCUCAAUCGGCGUUUUAUUGUGGAAGGCGGGUUCGAAAUUAUUGCCUGCAGCCAGAACCUUCCUCUCAGAUGCAUUAAGGCACGAACCCAUGAACCGUUCGGCUUGGUACUACUUGGGUUUGGUGCAUAGAGAUGAUGGGCGGAUUGCUGAUGCAUCUGACUGCUUCCAAGCUGCAUCUAUGCUUGAAGAAUCAGAUCCAGUAGAAAGUUACAGUUCAAUACUCUGAGUUUACAGAUGAUCAAGAUCGAAUUUAAUUGUGAUUAUUAGUGUAAUAAUGUGGAAAAUAACAAAAUUGCAAUUUCUCCAAAUUGCAAUUGCUUUUGUUUCUAGUUUACAUGUAAGAAGUGUAACUGUAUAAAAAACUGAUAGUUUUUUGUAAUGUCCUCUGUUUUAAACUGAAAAGUCACUAUUCAGGUUACUUGUGCAUCCAAACACAGCCUUGAGUAGAUAGUAAAUGCAUGUUUGGGGGCCGCUAAAAAUGUGUUUUAAUGCAUUUUUCUCUUGAAAGUGUAUCGAUGGCUGAGAUGGACUUAAGAUUGUGGCCCACUCAAGUCUCCAACCAACUUGAAACCUUGUUUGCAUAGGUUCAUGCACGGAUCUAGAUUCAUAACCCUGGGGCCUGAUGUCUAGAGACUUGGUAUUGUUUUUCAUACAAUAUUGUCUUCUUGUAUAAUUCUUGUAUUAUAC